AUGAUCCACGACGACGAUGCCUCAAAACGAAAAGCGAACGCCUAUGCGCUCAAGAUAUCCCCCAAUGGCUCCGGUGACGCCACAGUCCCUAUAUCGCCACCAUCGCCCCAACUGAAGGCGGCCGCUGAGAAGGACAUGUCUGGUUUAAUGGCGGCGGCCGCGCACGCGACAGUUCCGACAUGGGCCACUAUGGUGAUGAUGGUAUCGCUCAUCUUUGGAGGGUGUUGUGCGAAUGUAUUCGCCCUGGAGGCUAUCAUCAAAGAACAGCCUACAGCCGGGCCCUUAAUCACCUUCGCCCAGUUCGUCCUGUGCGCCCUUUUCACCCUUCCGCAUUUCCUGUCCUUCUCCGCAGGACCUCGAGCCCUGUUCCUCAGCCCGCGAGCAAUUCCACUACGGUCAUGGUUGAUAUACACCUCGUUUUUCGUGACGGUCAACAUGUUGAACAAUUGGGCAUUUGCAUAUAGAAUUUCCGUGCCACUUCAUAUCAUUUUACGAUCCGGCGGUCCAGUGGCAUCUAUGAUUGUUGGGUGCAUUUUCAACGGAAAGCGUUAUUCUCGGGGCCAGAUGCUUGCAGUCGCCAUGUUGACCAUGGGCGUGGUGGCCGCCGCGUUGGCUGAUGCCCAGGCCAAGGGCAAGUCCAUCGAGAUGUCGGGACAAGACACGGCUAUGAUGACCACCGCGACGGGCUUUACGAUCCUUGCUUUGGCGAUGGUCUUGUCAGCUUUCCAGGGUAUUUACGCAGACCGGUUGUACGCGACUUAUGGCCGGGAUCAUUGGAAGGAGGCCUUGUUUUAUUCGCAUACCCUCUCCCUGCCGCUGUUCUUGACUAGCUACCCGCAGCUGUCUUCGCAAUGGCGAGUGGUAUCCUCGACACCGUCGCUUUUGUCAACGUUCCCCCAGGGAGGAUCCUCGGAUGUCGCGUCUACUGCCAUGGGAAAUACAGCCUUCUCCGUGCUGGCGACUGUCCAGAAACACGCGCCGGUUCAAUUAGCACUCGACAAGCUUCCGAUCCAGGUGGCAUUUCUCAUCAUGAAUGCUCUGACGCAGUACCUAUGCAUUCGGGGUGUCCACCUGCUCUCUGCCAAAUCGUCCUCCUUGACGGUGACGGUUGUCUUGAACGUUCGCAAGCUGGUCUCCCUGCUGCUGUCAAUCUACCUGUUUGGAAACCACUUGGGGUCCGGUGUUCUGGUCGGCGCAGUGCUGGUCUUUGUCGGCGGUGGCCUAUACGGCUUUGAGGGCGCACGACUGCGAAAGGCUACGAAGAAGGCGCGGUAAACAAGC